GAAAAUAAAGGACGGAAGCAAAAUUCUGACUUACUGAGCAAUUGAUCAUAUGGAGAACGGUAGAAAGGCAUCGUCUUUAAGGUGGGGAAUCCUUCGUCGAGCCCUAAUUCCUUCUAGUUCGUCCACUGCUUCAGAUGAGCAUUCUGAAAAAGGUAUCAAGAGUAUUUCCAGAAAAGCGAAUCAAGGGUUCAGCUUGAUACCUUUCCAGUUAGUUGAUACCACUAAGCCUGAACAUAAAGAAGUGAUUUCCCUUUCAUUGCCAAAGGCCACAGAAGCUUGUGUGUGCUAUACAUUGCCCAAUCACAAUGCAACUGAGCUUUUCCUUUAUCAGAGAGUGGACAAUCGUGCAAACCUUGAUGAUUUUAAGAUCUGUAACACAUAUGACAUUGACAACACAGGCCUUGUUUGUUCCUGGCCAUCAGAGGAAGUCCUUGCUUAUCAUUGUUUAUCACAACUCGACUUGUUCAGGUCUAAGAGAGUGAUUGAACUUGGAUCAGGAUACGGUUUAGCAGGCUUACUUGUUGCAGCUGUCACUGAGGCAUUAGAAGUUGUUAUAUCAGAUGGAAAUCCUCAAGUAGUUGAUUAUAUUCAGCGUAACAUAAAUGCAAAUUCAAAUGUUUUUGGUCUUACAAAAGUGAAAUCAAUGAUGUUGCAUUGGAAUCACGAAGAGCUCUCAGACAUUUCAAACAGUUUUGAUAUCAUUAUUGCAAGCGAUUGUACUUUUUUCAAAGAAUUUCAUAAAGGCCUUGUUCAGACUAUCAAAUGUUUGUUGAAAAAAGAAGGGCACUCAGAAGCCAUAUUUUUGGGCCCUAAAAGAGGCAACUCAUUAGAUGAGUUUUUAAUGGAAGUCAAAGAAAGUGGAUUGCAAUUUACAGUAAAUGAGAUUUACAACAGUGAAGUUUGGAGGCGUCAUGAGAGCUUCAUUAAUGGCGACACUUCAUGGCCUAACUAUGAGAAGGAUCAUUGCUACCCUUUAUUGGUUAGAAUUACACUUUAAAAUUGAAAAGAAAACUGAUAGAAUUUUUGUUAUCAAUUUAAAAUAAGGAAUUGUUUUUUAGCUUAAAAAGGGAUUAAUCAUUUAAUCUUGUUGAUAUUUUUGUUUGUUUCGUUAAUGACAAUAUCUUUAUGUGGUUACUUUUGUUGAGUGA